AUGAUCCGCAUAUGCAUAGCAGCUAGAACACUGUCACAGUAUAAUUAUACAGUCCACACUAUCCCAAGUUUGCGCAUGCGCAUAAUUUCCGGGGUCGGGUAUAUACCGCCGGGUACCGGGUGGGAUCGAGCGAACGUGCUGGGGCAAGGGGCGCGGUUCACUCGAAAAAAUUCACCUGCUCGAUCCUCCAGCAGCACGGGCCUAGCGAUGAGCGAUCGGGAGCUAAGGGACUUCAACAGCCGGCCGACGGCGCUGGGGAGCACGUGGAGGGAGACGGAGCUGUUGGCCUCGGUCAAACCCGUGGUCCAGGGCCAGUGGAACGAGACAGAGUUCUCUCUCUACAGAUACACACCCAACUACCACUAUGAGAUGGCCACCGACGUUUUCCCCUCCAAAAUUCCAGCUGAGCAAACCAGCGAUAGAGGCUCUGGAUUCAGUCUCUCUCUCAUUGGGUCGAGUGUUGCCAGUGACAGGGAGCAUUUACUGAGAGAGCAGGAAAGCUCUCAUAAAUUGCUGUCAAACUGCUCGCUUGAUGUUUUCCCACUAUAUAUCUCUACCCCAGUCUCGUUUUCCAACCCAAAAUCUCUGGUCCUCCACAGCAUAUUUCCCCAGUCGUCUCAGGUGUACUACUGUCUGCUGGAGGCAGGCAGUGACAGGUCAGACAGUGCAGGGCGUGACACGGGGAGCACCGAGUCAGGACUGACCAGUCCCCUCAGAGUAGACUCCAAGAGACAGUAUGUCGUCUGCUUUGCCACCAUCGGGAAGACUGGACUGGAUUUAUAUCCUUACCACUUAAUUGUCAACGAAGCAGAGUUGGACAGCUUUUGUACACAAAGCAUUGCACCUAUCCUGCCUGACGAGUCAGCUGAGAGCGUGAUGAAGUCUUUCGUAGGCUCCCCACUGCAAUCUCUUAUGGGGGAGUGGUUUACCCAGAGAGUGGAGUACAUUGCACGUGUGAUACAACUUUGCCAGAAGGUCCUGCCGGUUGUGCUACACAUAGCAAUAGACUCUGAUGUAGAAGUGAGUGGACCAAAUGAGUCCAAUGUAAGAGAUGUGAAACUGUUCCUGGACACCUGCAGUAUGGCAAGCCUGAUGCAGUUGGAGGGAGAAAAGAAGAUUGCACCGAGUCCACUCGCUCGCAACAAAGUCACCAUCACUGCCUCUCACAACUCGUGUACACUCACCUCUGAAGAGACGUCCCAGUUCUGUUCCAACUGGGCCGAGGUGUUGCUGGCCCACGGGACCUCCAGCCCUGACCCCUUCUUCCUCAGACAGGCUGUGGAGAACUACAAACUGAAGAUUGUUCAGGAUCUGAAUGCCUUCAAGAGACUGUUGAGAGAAGCAGAGUCUGACUAUCACGCCCUCUAUCGCUGUUACCUGUUCCUGUCUGUCUGUGGCAAUGGGAGUCUGUUGCUGCAGUGUGUGCUGCAGGAGGCCACUGCACUGGAAGUGGCACCCACUCUCACCGUCCUGCAAGUCCUACAAACUUUCUCCCAGAAAAACGGGUUCAGAAAAAUCACCAACGUGAAAUAGUUCGUAGGCUUAGCUUUUCGCCAAUCAUUCAACUGAUGCCCCCUUUAAUGACGUAUAAAUAAAUUUGCAAAGUUCACAUAAAAAUUUUUUGUACAGUGACAUACACUACAUUAGUAUAGCACAAGACACUGCGACAGAAGAUGAAAGGGAGUUCAGAACUUCUGGAACUGUUUCUUGCCACCUUUUCCCUUCUGCACCUUGAGCACGUUGAACCUCACUGUCUUACUGAGGGGGCGGCACUGGCCGGCCACCACCAGGUCACCUGGCUCAACAUCCCUAAAACAUGGCGAAACGUGACAGGAGAUGUUCUUGUGUCUCUUCUCGUAUCGUUUGUACUUCCUGAUGUAGUGGAGGUAGUCUCGACGAAUGACAAGUGUCCGCUUCAUCUUUAUGCUCUUCACGAUGCCCGUGAGGAUACGCCCACGGACGGACACAUUACCAGUGAAGGGGCAUUUCUUGUCAAUGUAGGUGCCCUCGGUCGCCUGUGAGAGAUAGAGAAUGGGAAGUAACGGUGUGAGGGAAAUAGACGAUAAAAAUUCCCAGCCUGGUAGCCAGCUCCAGCUCGAAAGGUCUAAGAGUAGGGUAGGGGGCUAGGGUUCGAUUCUCUUCAUUUAACGUCUUUUCUUUUUUUGUGCGAACUGACAGAGAAGAGGGAAGAUGACUGCAGAUCUUGGUGAUUCCUUGCCACCAGAUCUGGCCGAAGUGGCGCGGCGGGAACUCAACGAGACGCCGGCGGCUCGGACGGAAUGCCUUAUCCAAUUCCGCCGCAGAUUCACGCGAACCGCGCUCUGUUACGGAACGUGCAGCGAUUUCCAAGUGAAAACUCUUGAGUGUCACCUCAAAGGUGACAUCAGAAUGACAUACAUGUAACCCUGAUACAGGUUACAAGAACAACCAAAGCAACACAUCAACAAGGCUUAGAGACAGCAUUACGACAACCAGAACCACCGUACUUUGUACAACAACUCACGACGCACGUGCAACGAACCUCUCUAGGAGUCUUGAAGCCAAGGCCGACGUUUCUGACAAACCGCUGCUCCUUUUUCUUCUUCUUGCCGGUCAGGCCGGCCUUGCUGUUCAGGAACACCCCUCGCUGCUUCUGGAAGGCCCUCUCCGACUGCUCCGCCAUCUUGUUCCGUAAAGG